AGAACUUUUCUUCUGCCUCUUCCUCCUCUGGUGGCUUUUGUCUCUUUGUGAGUGGCACCUUGGCAGUGAGACUGACAGUUCGUUUAGCACAACCAAGUGUCAUACUGCCACAGCUAUAGUCGUGGUCCUCAGGAGAAUAUUGCCCACCCACUACAGGAUCAACAUGUUACGACGGAAACCAUCCAAUGCAUCUGAAAAAGAACAGGGCCAGGUGCAAAAGAAGAAGCUGACUCUGCAAAGGUCCAGCAGCUUCAAAGACUUUAUGAAGCCAAAGCCGUCGUCACCCGUAGUGAGCUCUGAACCUACACUGGAUGAAAACCAGCUGGAGAGUGCAUCACCAGAGGAUUCAGGGAAAAGUAGUGGGAAACUGGGAAAGAAAUGGAGAAAUGUCAUAUCUCGCACAAUGACCCGUAAAACCUCCAAGAUGGUACAGAAAGCCCUUGCAGAGGCGGGGAAUGAGAGUGGGGAGGACGGCUCUAUGUCUCCCAUGUCUCCAAUUGACUGGAUUCCAGAUCUCACUGCUGGGAACAGGGCGUCUGUGUGCUCCAACAGCUCAGAGGACACAAUACACAGUCCUCUCUCGCGCCAGCUCUCUGGAUGUGCUGACAGGCAGAGUCUGGACAGUGGCUUCAGCCAGAGAGACAGUAUGAGACUGGAGGACAGCACCUACACAGGACCCUUCUGCGGCAGAGCCCUCGUCCACACUGACUUCACCCCCAGCCCGUAUGACAUCGAAUCCCUCAAACUACAGAAAGGAGACAUCAUCCAGAUCAUUGAGAAGCCACCAGUAGGCACCUGGACUGGUAAACUCAAUAACAAAGUGGGCUCCUUUAAAUUCAUCUACGUCACAAUACUACCAGAGGAAGACACACCACCAAAGAGGAAGCGAUGCCAGAGUCAAGGACGAAAGAACAAACCCAAACCGCAAUCCCUGGAGGAAGUUCUGGAGAGAAUAGGCCUAACUGAGCUGGAAUCUGUCCUGUCCAUGCAUGGCUUCCAGAGUUUGGAGGAUUUCAGGGGCCUGAAGGAGUCCCACCUGAACGAACUGAAUAUUACAGACCCUGAGCAAUGUGUGAAGAUACUGAAAGCAGCAGAAUUGCUUCAUGAUUCGGAGGAUGAAUCCGAUGCAGAGGAGCAAAAGACUGAAAUGCCACGGGACUCAGGUUGUUACGAGAGCACAGAGAACCUGGCAAACGGAUGUGAGGAGCCCCAGGUGGAAUCCCAACCGGACACAGAAACAGAGCUCAAUGCUAUUCAGGAACAACUGGAGGAGAUGAAGGUGGGGGAGAGUCCUGAGAGCCAAACAGAGUGAAGCCACCAGAAUCUUCUUUUGAUCCUGCUUCUUUGAAACUCUAUCAAGCUGGAUUGAACUCUAUGAAAAAACUAUUUCAUAUGCACAGCCCAUACAGAGGCCAGUAGGUCAGAUGUCAUAAAGAGUUUGAAUGUAGCAUCAUCUAUUCGCUCUGAAAUUAUUGUUCAGAAAGAUCCGAGCUUCAAAAUCGAACUGAAACAAAGUUGUAAGAUUUUGCAAAACAGGCUGCAUAAAGUGAUCUUCCAUGGAUUAAACCUACAGCUAUGU